CCGUGAGCCUUGGCACGACUAGAUACCAUCGCCGGUACCUCCUCUAUCUGUACAACUCUUUUCUCUCGACCAGUGACUAGCGAGCUCCGCAACGGAAACGUCAGACGACAGAGACACAAGUCGGGAGCAAAUCCGACGUCGAACGCGCACCGUUUCCUCCGUACACCGUGUCCUCUGUUCGCUGGGCACUGUUGCUCUUGAUUGUCCUCUCUCGUUCAUAGUUUUGGCGGCGGGAUUACGGCGAACGACGAUUGACGACGAGGAGUUGACGUCCGGAAGCCUCAAAUCGUGCUUUGGGCUAGUGUUAGAGGUAAGGGUUUUAUCCUCGUUCAUUAAAUUUAUAGAAUUAGUUAUGCUGGAGAUUGUGGGAGCUUGCAGUAGGUCAUUAAGUAUAGGAAUGAUUUAUAUAUUAAUCCUUAUAUCUAUAUGGACGAAUGCAAGGAAAGUACUGUAUGGUGUUGGAUUAUUAACCCAAAGAGGCUCGGUUACAUGUUAAAAUCAAAAUCCCUCUUCAAUCUAGUAACUACGUUGAACUAGUUACGUGCAUGGAUGGAAUGCAUAGUAGUUUGAUUAUUAUAAGGGGGGUUGAAGUGAGGAAAUGAAAUAUGGAUUAUUAACGUAAAGCAAUUAUACGGGUGUAUAAUCAAAUGAGCUGUACGCGUUCUAUCCCUAGGGGAAAGGUGAAGGAAGAAGGAAACGGUGUAGGGACACGUACAAGGCUUAUAAGUACGUUUGGGAUCGUCAAGGCAGGACAUAAGUUAAUAAUCGACUUGAAAUUAAGGUGCGUGGUUAAAGGGGACUAGAGUAGUUUUCGUUAUCAGUCUAUGCAUUUAAAGUUCAUUUAUGCAUUUCAGUUCUUGUUUUAUGUUCAGUCAUUCAUUACAUGCUUUCAUGUUAAGUUAAUUUGGUUACUUUCAGUCUUUAUGUUUAAGUAUGCAUAAUAUCAUGAAGCAUAAGUAAACCAUGUUGUGAGACAGGUACAUACUAGUUCAAUUCUAAACUACUCAAGUGCAAGUUAAGAACCUUAUAUCUUCCCAUUGUGUGGGAGAUUACCUUAAGUAAACUCAGAAUUCUCAAGCUAAGUAAGCAAGUAUAAGAUUAAGUAUGACUCUCCAUCGUGGGAGAGAUUGUUCAAGCAAGCACGUAUAAGAUAUGAAGUUAACAAUUAAGAAUAAGAACACUCUCUUAACUAGUCGCACACGGUCACCUUACUCCUUGUAGAUGAGGAGCACCUUAUAGAUGAGGGGUCAUGAUAUAUAUGUCACGAUCGGUGCCGGACGCGGUCACCACUACUCCCUGUAGAUGGGGAGGUAUGUUAUGUUACUCCUUGUAGAUGAGGAGGUUAUGUUCAUGAUACGUUGGUGCCGGACGGAUGUGCUAGUUAAGUAGAGGGCAAGAUCCCAUUUCAAGUUAAGAAAGUAGAAAAUAUGAUACGCAAGAAUACGUUAAUAAUAAUACACUGCUACUAAUGUACCCAAUGACGUACCAUAAGCAUUGCAUGUGCAUGGCUUUCCAUUUAAGUAUGAUAAUGAAAUUAGGUUUAGGACUGACCCCAUCGCCCGCACUCAGGAGGUACAAGAAAGCAGGAGCAUUCAGACCACUGGUCAAGAGGAAGCUGUUGCUCAGGAUGUCAUCGUCACAAGGGUUAGUGCUUGCAAGAGAUUCCAAGUGAACUCUUUCAUUUUUGUACUUUUAUUAGUAGGCUUGAGAUUGAUGCUCAUUUAUGAUUUGUUAAGAGGGAUUUCCUACGGUGAUUUAAAAAUUAUUUUAUGUAUUAUUUCCAUUUUGAGUUAUCUUGAUUACUUAAGGGUAUUUUGGUAAAUUUAGUGCUCGGCUGAGCAAGGGUGUUACAUUUUGGUAUCAUAGCCAGAUCUGUCUUCACUUUGUAAGUGAGAUACUGGGAAGUCGGUCUCCAUGUUUCCUACGAGUAUUAAAAAGUUUUAAGAAGUUUUCAACAGGUUUUCAAGUAAACCUAAAAUUGUUUUAGAGCAUCCAGUCUCGUCUACUAACAAGUGCAAUGUUUCCAAGGUUCUGACACAAUGUCAUUGAACUUAUGUAGGAGUAUGAAUAGCGAGAGCUCUCGUCAGGGUGAUGGUCGGCGGCCGCCCCCAAACUAUACCUUGCUUAGGAAAAUGGGGGUGGUUGACUUCGAGGGAUCCUCUGACCCCGACAUUGUCGAUGCAUGGCUGUUGAAGCUCACUCGAACUUUGGAUGAGCUCUGUAUUGAUAAUGAUGAGGAUAGGAUCGCCAUGGCUGUCCACGUGCUCCACGGAACUGCUAGGGAUUGGUGGCAUCUCCAGCCGGAGAGUGAAGUGGUACCUCUUGAGAUCACCUGGAACCAGUUUGUGAAGAUGUUCCUCGAUGAGUACAUCCCCCAAACAGUCCGGGACGAUAAGAGGGAGGAUUUCAUGAAGUUGGAGCAGCAGUGGAGGCAGAGUGUCAAGGAAUACACAGAGCUAUUCAAGAAGUUGUGCAAGUAUGCUGAUCCCGUGUAUCGGACUGCAGCCGGGAUGCGAGAUCGUUCUGUUCGGGGUUUGAGGGCAGAACUAAGAAAAUGUAUGGGAGAAGCAGAGAGGGCAUCUCAAGCCACUGCAUACCGAGCUGCCCUUCGCAUUGAGAGGGAUGAGAAGAUGGCCGAACAGGAGAGAGAUGCGAGGCUUGGUACGAAGAAGAGGAAUGAGUCAACCAACUCUGUGGCCACGACUUACUCGCCCCAACCUUCCAAGUGGGGACCUGGUUCAUCUAGCCAACAUCAGUCCUGAAGCCAGGAGAUCUCCACUAGAUUUGCACCGACACAACAACUAUAUCCACUAUGCCCGAAAUGUGACAAACGUCAUCUGGGUCAGUGCAGGCGUAAUAUGGGUGUCUGUUUUGAGUGCGGUGAACCGGGACAUAUAAAGUGGAAUUGCCCAC